GUUCCGCCGAGCCGAAUAAUUCCCGUUCUUGGCUUUGAACCCGACUUUGCUUCAACCUCCUUCUCCUACUAUUAUAUCCCCACACACAACCCCAGCAUGUCGUUCCGGCCGAUCUUGCAGCAGCGGGCUGUGGCUCCGAUCGCAGCCACCCUCCUCGCAGGAGGCAUGGCUCUGUACCCCAAGCAGACAGCUUUCGCGGAAGACCCUCGAGAGAGGAAAUCCAUCUACGACGAUGAAGACUUCCCGUCUGCCAUCCCCGAACCCUCCAAAGCCACACCCGUGCUCGAGCCCAAGUCCGAGGCCGAGCCUGCAGUCUCCAAGGCCAUCUCCCUGCCUUUCUUGCAAACAUCUCCCUCCUCGCCUACCCCGACAGACAUCCUGACCUCCCAGGUUCGUCAAGCCCGUCUCUUCCUAUACUCGCACUCCCUGGCCGCGGAGAACGGCUUCAACGACUUCUUGUCCCGGGCCCUGCACAUCGAAAACGCCUUUACCAACACCGUUGCCUCACUCGCUCCUUCCGCUGAUUCUGGCGAGCGCCUUACCCCCGGCGGUGUCUACGUCGUUGUUGCCGCCAUGGCCGGCUCCAUUGUGUCGCGCAACCGCGGCAUCUUCCUCCGCACUCUGUCGCCGCUUACCUUCGGUACCGUUGCUGCUUACACCCUCCUGCCUGUCACCAUGAAGAACGUUGGCGAGCUGGCUUGGUCGUACGAGAAGAGGUUCCCCGCUAUUGCGGAUAAGCACAUCGCUUUCCGGGAGCGGGCGGAGCACUUCUGGUACACUGGUAUUGCGCACAGCGGUAUGGCCCGCCAGAUGAUGGAGGAUAAGAUUGGUGAGACCCGGAAGAAGCUGGAGCAGUUG